CAUCCCAUGACCGCGCCCCUUCCCGACGUAUGGCGCUCUCGUGUCACGUGACCGCUCCGGGUGGAAGCAGCAUGGCGUGCUUGAGUGCGGAGCUUUUCCAUAAACUCUACUUUAUUUGCACUUAGUUCGUCUUUUAUAUUCAAUCCAUCAAAGGGGACGUGAACUUAUUGAAAGCUGGAAUACCACUCGCACAAUGGACGAAGGGAAUAAACUCCAGUUCCCGUCCCUGCCCGCCUCCAAAGAAGAGCAGCUGGACUGGGCAUAUCCAAUGAGAAGAGAGAUGCAGGAAAUCCUCCCAGGACUGUUUCUUGGCCCCUAUUCAGCUGCUAUGAAGAGUAAGCUCUCAAUGCUGGAGAAGCAGGGGAUAACUCACAUCGUGUGUGUCAGACAAGACAUUGAGGCCAACUUUAUAAAGCCAAACUUUCCUCAUAAAUUUAGGUACCUUGUUUUAGAUAUAGCAGAUAACCCUGUGGAAAAUAUUAUUAGGUAUUUCCCAAUGACUAAAGAAUUUAUUGAUGGAUGUUUAGAGACAGGGGGAAAGGUACUUGUUCAUGGAAAUGCAGGGAUAUCAAGAAGUGCUGCCUUAGUUAUUGCCUACCUUAUGGAGACAUUUGGUGUGAAAUACAGGGAUGCCUUUAGUCAUGUACAAGAGAGACGAUUUUGCAUUAAUCCCAAUGUAGGCUUUGUUCAUCAGCUACAGGAAUAUGAAGCAAUAUAUCUUGCAAAGCUUACCAUCAAGAUGAUGUCACCCAUUCAGUUGGGCAGGUCUUUCUCCAUCCAAGCUGGGAUGCCAGGAAGUCUAAAGCGAACACUAGAAGAGGAUGAAGAUUUCGGGAGUAUGCAAGUUACGGCAGCACAAAAUGGAUAGGCUUUACUAAAAAAAGUGCUUAACCACAGUGGACUUUUCUUUUUACAUUUUUAUUGGGAUUAAAAAUGUAAAUAUUUGUACAGGGGCUGGGAGGGAGAGACUGCUCCUCGUGUCCCUUGGAGCUGGGGAAGCUUUUCUUUUUCUUUUUUGAGCUGUAUGCACUGAAAUGUUUCGCAGUUUUAUAGUAUUUAAAGCAUUUUGCAUUUGCAGCGGGACAGUAUUGCAAUAAUGCACUUUUGAUACUUGAAUUACUGUUAUUUUGUUGGAUGGAUUUGGGUUGGGAGGGGAUGGGAUUAAAGAAUGGGACUGUUACUGCCAUAGAAAUGGUAGGAUAAAUCAGUGUUUAUGUGGGGAAUGAAUUCAGACUGAGAUAAGGAAAGAUGCGUUUGCCAUAGAAUUAACAUCCUACUGCUCAAUAAAAGAUGGCUACUUACAUCUUGUGUUUUUAAUGUUAUCUAUCCCUGGUGCAAACAUACGACUGUCUAUGAUGAGACUGUUGGGUUUAGAUGGAUUCAGAAUGAUGAUUGCAUUUCAUUGAAAUACACUAUAAACUUGAGAUUUAUAAUUGAUUUUUAAUGAAAAUGUUUUCAUUCAUUCACCCAUUUGCCAUUCAUUGUUGAUACAUCAAAUAUAACAUUUAUAAAAGCACAAAUACCAUCAAUGCCACAUGUUUGGCUGUUGAUUGACAGAUGAGACAAAGUAUUUGAAUGCCCCUAAUUUGUCGGCUAUCAGUGAAA